UGUCUGCUUUUGGUCACGUGUCACGGCCGGACGUGGUUGAUUGGAAAGUACGUCAAUGGGAACGACGCCAAAUAAGCCUUACCAGAACUUUUGGAAGACGGUGACUUUUCAUAUCUUGGCGGUUUAAUUCCGAUUCGACCACUAGGAGGAGUUGAAGAAUGAAGCCACAAAGACAGUUAGUUUGACCCAUCCUGCGGCCCCUCAGCAGCCGUUUUACGAUGCCCGUGCUGGAGGGGCUGUGGAGUCCAGAUCUCAGGCUGGGUGUCGACGGUGGGGUCUGCCCAGAUGAUGAAGCACCCCGUUCCUCGGUCUGGGGUCCCCUGGGGACCCCGCCGGUCACCUGCGGGGGCUUGUCUCUGACACUGGAGCUCCCGGCGCUCAUACGGCAGCUGCGUGCAGCGUGGAGGGCGCGCAGAGGAGGAGGACGGGGUACGCGACAGCCGGAGAGCUGUCAGGAUGGUGCCUGGGUGGAAGACAGGAAGGGGGAAGAGGAAGCGAAGCAUGACCAGGAGGAGAGGGGCGCACAUCUGGAAGAUACCAGACUGAGCGCGUGUGAUGGUGGUGUGUUGCUGGCUGAGAGAAGAGGCUCCUAUCCUUUCAUUGACUUGCAUGCUGUUAGGACCAGUGACCAGCAGGGGGAGGUAGAGGCUGGCAAGAGGAGGAAGGUGAAGAGCCUUCUGAGCUUCCAGAGGUACCGCCACGCUUCCCGGCUGCUGAGGGGCUUGGUUCCCCGGACACCUGAGUCUUUGCAUAUGCUGGAUGACGACUACCUGGGUCAGGCUGCUCACAUGCUGUCAAAAGUUGGCUCUUGGAACUUUGACGUUUUCCUUUUUGACCGUCUUACAAAUGGUAACAGUCUUGUGACGCUGAUGUGCCAUCUCUUCAAAGUCUACGGCCUCGUUCACCACUUCCAGCUGGACAUGGUCAAACUGCACAGGUUCCUGAGCACCUUGCAGGGCGACUACCACAGCCAGAAUCCCUACCACAAUGCUGUGCACGCGGCCGACGUCACCCAGGCCAUGUACUGCUACUUGCAGGAGCCCAAGCUAACAGAGCAGCUGAGCUCACUGGACGUCUUCCUGGGCUUGAUGGCGGCCGCCGCCCACGACGUGGACCACCCUGGGGUCAACCAGCCUUUCCUCAUCAAGACCCGACACCACCUGGCGUCCCUCUAUCAGAACACGUCCGUGCUAGAGAGUCACCACUGGAGGUCCACAGUGGGCAUGCUGCGAGAGUCACGCCUGCUGUCACACCUGCCUGCUGAUGUGUCGCGGGGAAUCGAACAACAGCUGGGUUCUCUCAUCUUGGCCACAGACAUCAGCAGACAGAACGAGUUCCUGCUGACCUUCAGGGAACACCUGGAUAACCAGGACCUCGAUCUUCACCUGGCUUCACACAGACACUUUAUCCUGCAGAUUGGCCUCAAGUGCGCCGACGUGUGCAACCCGUGUCGCGUUUGGGAGCUCAGUAAGCAGUGGAGUGAGAGAGUGUGUGAGGAGUUCUACAGGCAGGGUGACCUAGAGAGGAAGUUCGACUUGGAGAUCAGUCCUCUGUGCGACCAGCGAGCGGACUCGGUCCCGGCCAUCCAAAUUGGUUUCAUCUCGUACAUUGUGGAGCCGCUCUUGGACGAGUGGCACCGCUUCACCGAGCCCAGCGUGCUCAGCAGCACCAUGAUGGCUCACCUGCACAGGAGUAAAGACCGCUGGAGACAAGUGCUGCACGCUCGCAACACACCACAACAGCCCAAAGGAGAUGACAUCCCAUAAUCCCCCUCUUGUACCAUGAGGUGAUCUUUAUUUCUAAACAUGGAGGACAGGAGGUGCUCUGUCCAUCACCUUGUUGGGCCUCCUGUGUGUUUUUUCCUCCUUUGUGAGGACGGGAGCCCUGCUGUGAGUAAGAAAUGGCGCCCUCUGCUGGGGAGUGGUUGAACUGCACGGUGCAGUGGAUGCUUUCAGAACUGCUUCAUCUUAGUAAAACGAAAAAAAAAACACUUGAGAUGUGUUCACUGUAGACUUCAGGAUGAAUGCACAAGAUUAUAUGACUGUGUUUGCACCAGACUGCUGGUACGGAAGCCAAAUAUAUAUCUACACACACACACACACACACAAAGUAGUAAAGAUGCAAUAUAGGGCAAAUAUAUCAGUAUUUCAAUUCUCUUAUGUUUUUUUUUAUCUUUUACACAACACCUAUAGUACUGAUAAUGUCUUUUUCACUUUUUAUACAUUUUGCACUUAAAAUAGGGUGCUAAUUUCUAUUUCUGGAAGGGGCAGUACUACUUUUAAUAGGUUCCUGUAAAAUAAUAAUAUAAUAAUAAUAUAAUAAUGUGCCAAAAACACAAAAAGCCUCAUGUGUUUCCUGAGCACCAACCUGAACAAUAAGCUUGCUAAGAUACAACCUCGGUGCAUUUAUUCUUUUACCUUGGAAGCGCAAGCUCAUCAGAGCCUUAAUACCUUAGCAGCUCUUUGCUUGGACUCAAACACGUUUUUUUACUGUCUUUAUUUCCUUCAACUAGUAGCUGAGCACACACUAUCUCCCCAUACUCUAUAUUAGCUUUUUACUUAACUGCAGAAGGUGCCAGGCAUCUUCAUAGAUAUUUGUGUUUGUAAUAAUAUCAAAUAGUAUUUCUUUUUCCCACAAGUAUAAAUAUUCCUGUGGCAAUAUUUAGGAAGGCGUCUGCUGUGAUGAUACAUUUAUGUAUUCUACAUUGAUCCACUAGGUGUCAGUAAUAUUACUGGAAUGUUUGCUGAGACACACAAGCACCAGAUUUGCCCGCUUUUUUAACUUUUAUUUUUGCAGGUUGAAAUGAUCUCGCAAUGAUCACGCAAUAAUCCCUAACACGGGCGACCGUACCCCACGCCAAGCUAAAACUCAACGUUGAACCCCUGGCAUCACUUCCUGUCCACCAAUCACUCUUAUUUAUGUCUCAUUUUCACUUAUUAGGUCUACUAUAUUGGGUAAUAUGAGUGUAAAGGUGGUUAUAGGGGUGUUAUUGCAUAUCUAGAGAGCUCUAAUGAUGUUAAAAAAAACUUGUUUUGAAGGCUUAAACAGCAUAGACAACUGGUAUUACAGUAUAAUACAGUACACUAUUUCCUCAUUUAGCAUAUAAGGAAUCCUAAUGGUGAGAAUUUUCUCAUUGCGGUCUGGAACCGUGAUAGAUGAGGGAAUACUGUAUUUGCAAAGUGUAAAAAUGUAUUUUGAGGUGGUACUUGGUGUUUGAGAACCACUGUUGUUGUCGAAUUAAAACACGCUACUACUUGUUUUUUUAUCUUAUGGGGGGAAAAACGGUUUAUUAUUUACCAAAGAUUUUCCACUCCAUUUUUGCAGCCUCACAAUAUUACACUUACUGUAAUGAAAUGAAAAAUAUUAAAAAAAUGAUGCUCAGUUUUGGCAUGAUGUUGCACUGCCUUAUACUGACAGGUGUUGCCUAUUAUUUAACCCAGAAAUCUUUGAGCGCAACAAAGAGCACAAUAUUAUUAUGAUGAUGAUUAAUAUUAUUAUCAUAUUUAUUAUUCUUAAAGGGGACCUAUUAUGUUUUUUCCACUUUUCUGACCUAUAAUCCCACCCUGGGCCAUCUCUGUGUGGAGUUUGCCUGUUCUUCCUGUGCAUGCGUGGGUUUUCUCCGGGUACUCCGGUUUCCUCCCACAUUCCAAAAACAUGCUAGGUUAAUUGGCGACUCCAAAUUGUCCAUAGGUAUGAAUGUGAGUGUGAAUGGUUGUUUGUCUAUAUGUGCCCUGUGAUUGGCUGGCCACCAGUCCAGGGUGUCCCCCGCCUCUCGCCUGAAUACAGCUUUGAUGGGCUCCAGUAACCCCCGCGACCUUCAUGAGGAUAAGUGGUAGAAAAUGAAUGAAUGAAUGUCUCCCUGUGAUGUCACAGUGAGCCGGACCUUCCUUACAUGGGCGUGCCUGGAUACAAGUUGUACAAGCUGAGUGGGCGUGCCCGGAGACGAACCGUGGUUGACAUAAAUUAAAACAGACCGAUUUGGAAAUCCAAGGAAAUCUAACUGGAAUAGUUGUAGAUUCUGGAAGAUCUAGAAAGCUUUCUGUGCGGGUUAUGGAGUGUAGCUGCUCUACAGGAGUCCCAACUCCAUAGAAAGGGUUGAAAAUGAGCAUAAUAGGUCUCCUUUAAGGGUGUCCUGAGCCAGGCCAAUCCAAGAUGGACUCAGUGAUGUUGUCGUGUGAUUCCACGUAUAAUUACAGACCUCAGCAUGCUGGUCUGCUCCGAGGGGUCCGAACGAUACUCUGUGGUGUGUACUUUGCUAUUGGAACAACUCAUUUGCUUUUUUGGAACUUUCUGAGCACUGUGAACAAUAAAAAAAAAUCCCCACUCAAGUGCACACAAUACAUGAUGUUUUUAUUUGUGCUUGGUGUCCCGUUGUUAUGGUAGUGGCAGCAAGUGGCCGCCAGGUGGCAGCAAAGUCCUGCCCGCGUCUCCCAUGCAACUUUUCAGAGCAAAAAAGCCACUUGAUGAUUUUUGACCUUAGCAAAAAGGACUAAUGUACAGUCAAACAGAAGCUUGAUGUUAGAACUGAACCACAAAAUGCCCCAGUUUGCCUAAUUUGCUUAUCUCUAAUUUGCAAUGCAAAUGAGUCCGUUUGUUGUUGGUCACUUAUCAUGUCAUGUUGCAUUCAAGUGCUUUUUCGCCUAACUUUUAAUCCUUGAAUCCAUAUUCCAAUGCACAUAUGCUGUACAUCAGCCAUGGGUAACGCCAAGCGACAGUUUGCGACAACAAAAGCCCUUUGCCAAGAAAUGCUGCCCGUGAUUGAUAAUUGACAAACAUGCUUGAAUAUUCUCACGUCAUACUUGUGUUCUUUUUUUUUUUUUUUUUUUUUUACAGUCAAAUCUGCUCAUCAAGUGUAACAUUUGUCUUGUCUUCUUGUUGGUGAUGCACACACAGUGUAGAGUGGAGUGAAUCAUCCAGUAUGUGUCACUGUAAAUAUUGACACCACAAACAGACCCUCCACCCCCUCACCCCUGUCAAGGAACCACUCCCUCUCAAAAAACAAGCCACCGCUGAUAAUCAUCUUCCUCUUGAACUUGACAAAAAGGUGCACUUUCAUGAAGAAAAAGGACCUAUCCAUUUUUGCUGGAUUACAACAAUUCAGCAAAGAUGAGUGGGCCAAAAUUCUGCUUGAUUGCAGUUAGUACCACUCUACAUGGGCGUGGAGCUUUGCUGGUUUUCUACCUUCAUAUGAAAAAGUUGCAAAGAAUGCAAAUAACAUCAGAUUAUUUGU